AUGGGAGGCGGGGAGCUGCUGGGCCGAACGGAGCUGGAAGAGGAUGAUGAAGACGAAGUGACCGGCGGCGAGCUAGAGGGCGAGGAGCUAAUUGGGGGAGAGCUCGCCGAAGACGUCGUUGGGACGGGGCUGGAUGAAGACGAAGUAACCGGCGGCGAGCUGGAAGGCGAAGAGCUUGGUGAGGUGGUGGGAGCAGAGCUGGAGGGUGAGGAGCUCGAUGGAGGUGGGCUUGACGAGGAGGUGACAGGAGCAGAGGUUGAUGAGGAACUAGCCGGAGCAGAGCUUGAUGAGGAGCUAGCCGGAGCAGAGCUCGAUGACGGGGAACUGGGCUGA